AUGUUGCAGCAGCAGCAGCAGCAGCAGCAGCAGCAGCAGCAGCAGCAGCAGCAGCAGCAGCAGCAGCAGCAGCAGCAGCAGCAGCAGCAGCAGCAGCAGCAGCAGCAGCAGCAGCAGCAGCAGCAGCAGCAGCAGUUGAAGUUGAUGGAGGCACUGACCGUUAAGCUGUCCAACUCGUCCAUGGGUCAAUCAAGCGCGGCUAGUGGUUUGCAAUCUGUUGAUCACAUUGCCGGCAGCAUCAAUGAAUUCCCGCAUUAUCCGCGGGGGCAUAUCACUUAUGAUCCCUGGUACAAGCGUUACGAGGACUUGUUAUCUGUCGAUAUGGCUGCCCAGGACGAUGCAUGGAAUGUACGACUCCUACUGCGCAAACUGGUUCCGGCUAAACACGAGCGUUAUAUUAAUUUCCUCCACAAGAACCCCCGAGAGGCCACAUUCCCGGACGCGGUUCAGGCAUUGUCGCAGAUUUCUGGUGAGCAGUCAUCCCUGUCCAGAACUAUAUUUUAAUGCCCAUAAUUGUGCAAACAGGAAUUCGACGAUAUAAUCGCGUGUGCGGGCAUUGUCAAUCGUAAGUGUGGACGUUUUCAACUCAGUUCGCUCACUAAAGUCCAGUUUACAUACCUUCUAUUGAUUUCCGGCCUCUAUUCCCCCAAGGAUACUGACAUCUGGGCGCGUCUCGUUUCAAAAGUCCAACAGAACAACCCAAUCACACUCCAAGUGCUGGCGGCGGAAUGCCAAAUGCUGAUGAACCUCAAGCACAACUCCGCCAUAACCCAGAACCCCGCCACAUUUGGCUCAAUCCAUACGGUCUCAGCCACUCAAUCGCAUCCUGUUGCGCGGCCCAAACAAGUGUCCAAGGCGAGAUCUCCGCCAUCCCCUUGUCGGCGCUGUGACGCACGGCAUUUUCAUCGAGAUUGCAUCUUCUCCAGCAUCGCCGACAAUAUUGUAACCAGGUGAGACACCGUCACGGGACCCGCAAAUCAACAGCGGCCUUUAGAAACAAGCCCGCUCCAGCCACUUCUAAGUCCAAGCACCGUUUCCGGUCAAAAUGCGAGUCCAAACCCCAGUCCGUUGGAAAUCCUCUCAGUCACUUGGCUAUAUUCCAGCUCAACGGGGAUGGUCAUAAAAAGUUUGUUGACGUCAUGCUGAAUAGCCAAACAGUCUAUAUGCAGUUGGACACUUCCUUAGACUGCAUCAUCGUCUCCGAGAGACUCUGGCAGUCCCUUAGCAGCCACACGAUACAGCAGCCUUCCUAGUCCGCCACAAGCGCGUGCGGUGGUCUCGUCCAACUAAUGGGGCACCUGCAAUGCUGUGUCUCGUUCCGUGGUACCAGACUCACUGCGAUCUGCUGUCAUUAAGUCUGACCUUAACCUACUUGAUCUUGAUUGGAUUGAACAAAUUAGUUUGUCCGACAUGUUGCUCCGCGCUCUUUAAAAUCAGGUGCAGAUUCCCGCUGUGUAUGCAGACCAAACCAGGGAAGUUCCCCAACAGUUUUCUCCAGUGUUCCAGGACGGCCUGGGUCGUUGCACACACACUCAAGCCGUGCACUACUUAACUUCCUGAAGUCGACCGGCCUUUUGUCCAAAGCGACCAGCCCCAUAUCCGGCCUGCACCAAAGAAUGUAUCGCAACUUCGUUCUUUCCUCUGCCUGAUCACCUACUAUAGCGUCUUCCUGCUAUCGCUGCGUGACUGAGGGGCCGUUUAUUGCAGAAGAAUGUUCUCUGGUUCUGGUCCUCCGAUUGCAAAAAGGCCUUUGCCCGGUUGAAGUCGAUACUGAGUUCAGAUCAGCUGCUCACACACUACGACCCGACGCUGCCGAUCGUUGUUGUUGCAGAUACUUCCAAGUACGGAUUUGAAGCCGUCAACUCACUUACUUUUCCUGACGGGUUUGUAAAGGGGAUCAUGUUUGCAUCUCUCACGCUAACCCCUGCGGAAAAGAACGACAAGCAAAUGAAGAAAAAAGUACUGCCCCUUGUGCUUGCCGUCAAUAAUUUCCACAGGCUGCUAUACGGUCCUCAUUUCACGUUGUUGACGGAUCACAAACCGUUGCUAACAACCCUUGAUUCGAGGAACGGCAUUCCUGUCUGUUCAUCCAGCCGACCUCAGCGAUGGACAAUCAUUCUUCUUGGCCACGAUUUACUCAUUCUCUACUGCCGUAAUACCGACUUUGGUCGGGCCGACGCCCUUUUUUUCUCAUCUGCGAUCACCAGGGGCCUAAGCAAGACACUGAAAUUGCCCCUAUUUCGAAUGAGAACGAUGUGCGUCAUCAGCCUUCAGGCGCUAAACGUGACGUCCCUGCCACUGCUGCUGACAUCCGACGUGCUACUGAACAGGAUCCUGUCCUUCGUUCAACUGUCACCUACGUGCAGACCUGCUGGCUGACAACUGCUCUCGCCAGCGAUCUUCAUCAGCUCUUCCUGCGCCGAGCAUCGCUAUCUGUGGUUGACUCCUUUUUAAUGUUUACGGACCGUGUGGUGAUCUCAUCUUCACUUCGACCUGUUAUACUACGCCAGUUUUAUGCGGCUCACCCUGCCACCAGCCCAAUGAAGUCAACUGCUCACAGUUUUGCUUACUGGCCGGAUAUCGACAGCGACAUCGAUGUCCUGUAUUGA